GGUAAGGGGCGGGUUUGUUUACAGACGUCACCGGCCUCAAGUAUAGUCAAAAGCUCCGGACUGUGCGCGAGAAUUCUCCGUGAGCACUGCUGCAGGGUCCAUUUAAGGUGUGUGUAUAAACAAGCCUGUCUGCUGCUGCGUGAGGUCACUCGCAUCGACAAACCCCUAAACGUCUCGACUACAUUCAGCCAUGGUGGACAAACUGGCCUCUGUAGGACGCAUGCUGCUGCGGCGCCGUGCUCUGGACUGUUCCAGCGAGGAGACCCGUUUUGCCCGCUGCCUCUCCACUCUGGAUCUGGUGGCUCUGGGCGUGGGGUCUACGCUCGGUGCUGGUGUCUAUGUUUUGGCUGGAGAGGUAGCAAGAGAGAAGGCAGGUCCUGCUAUUGUCCUGUGUUUCUUGGUAGCAGCGCUGUCGUCCAUGCUGGCAGGACUUUGCUAUGCAGAGUUCGGGGCUCGAGUGCCCAAGACGGGCUCGGCUUACCUGUACAGCUACGUGACCGUGGGAGAAAUCUGGGCCUUCAUUACUGGCUGGAACCUUAUUCUGUCUUAUGUCAUUGGUACGGCCAGUGUCGCUCGAGCCUGGAGCUCCACCUUUGAUAACCUGAUAGAACAGCGCAUCUCCAGCUUCUUCCGGUCGGUCAUGGCCAUGAAGGUUCCAGGCAAUGUGCUCGCAGAAUAUCCGGACCUGUUUGCCCUCAUUCUCAUUCUGCUGCUGACCGGUCUUCUUGCUUUUGGAGUGAGCGAGUCUGCUCUCGUCAACAAAAUCUUCACCGGAAUCAACCUGGUGGUGUUGAGCUUUGUUAUGAUCUCAGGCUUUGUAAAAGGCAAUACAGCAAACUGGAAUCUCACCCAGGAUUACUAUACCAAUGAUACCAUCAACACAACAAUGCAAGACGUGGAGAAACAUUUUGGAUCUGGUGGCUUUGCACCAUUUGGCUUCAGAGGCAUCCUGGCUGGUGCGGCCACCUGUUUUUACGCCUUCGUGGGUUUUGACUGCAUCGCAACUACAAGUGAGGAAGCCAAGAACCCGAUGCGCUCCAUCCCUGUGGGGAUCGUCGUGUCACUGCUCAUCUGCUUCUUCGCCUAUUUCGGUGUAUCAGCCGCACUCACGCUAAUGAUGCCGUAUUACAAGCUCAAUACCCAGAGUCCUUUGCCUGAGGCCUUCAGCUAUGUAGGCUGGGCACCGGCACGAUACAUAGUGGCCGUGGGUUCACUCUGCGCCCUUUCUACCAGUCUUCUAGGCUCCAUGUUUCCCAUGCCACGUGUAAUCUAUGCUAUGGCUGAGGACGGGCUGCUGUUCCGCUCUCUCUCCAGCAUGAACAACCGCACCAAAACCCCGCUCCUGGCCACGGUGGUGUCUGGACUUGUAGCAGCACUCAUGGCUUUCCUGUUUGACCUGGCUGCAUUGGUUGACCUCAUGUCUAUUGGGACAUUGCUGGCCUACUCCCUGGUGGCUGUGUGUGUUCUCAUUCUCAGAUACCAGCCAGGAAUGCUUAGCUCCACCAGUCAGAGUGAAAAACUGGUGGAGCUGGUGGGAGGUGAGAAGGUGGCAGUGUCUGGAGACAGUGGAGAUGAAUACGGUCUUGACUCAGAUGAUCGCCUCCCCAGAGAGAAGUUCUCCUUCAAGCUGCUCUUGGUUCCUUCCAGGGACAGCCCGACCAAAAUAUCUGGAGCAAUCGUCUAUGCUGUAACUGCGAUUAUCUCCGUGCUGAUCACCGUGCUGUGUACCGUGUUGGCCGUGUGGCUGGACGAACUGAUGGAAGGCGAUCUGGCGUUAGUGACCGUGUGUGCCAUUCUCACAUCGCUCUGCUUCUUCUGCGUCAUCAUCAUCUGGAGGCAGCCAGAGAGCAAAGAAGCUCUCACCUUCAAGGUGCCUCUUCUGCCUUGGCUGCCUCUGUUUAGUGUUUUUGUCAAUAUCUACCUCAUGAUGCAACUGGACCUGGCCACGUGGUGCCGCUUUGCAGUUUGGAUGGCUGUUGGAUUCAUGAUCUACUUCUUCUACGGGAUCCGGAACAGCAGUGAGGCCCUGAACAGCACCCAGCGAAAAAAGAAUAAGAAGGGCCCCAUCUACUUAGGAGGCGAUGACAGUGAGGCAGAAGGCAUGUCUCCCUGAUGACCAGACAAGCCGCUCAUCUCUAACCAUGAAGUACUACACUUACAAAGUGAAGACUACAAAUUCAGUGUUAUACAAUUGAAUAAUCCUUAUUAUAUAGAUUGUUGAGCAUUAUAUUUAAAAAAAAAAAAAACUACCCGAAAUAUUUAGACCGUGGACAGUACAUUAAAAUCAGUUAUACUUGACGUCGAUGGCCUAAACUGCUGGUAAUAGUACAGUACAGAUAAACACUAGCAGUCCUCUAGCUGAUGGAUGUUAGUGUACUCAGACAUGGUGUCUGUUAGACAGUAGGCCGAGUGUAUACAGGGUAUUUGUGAAUAUGUGGCGAUUGUUAGUUGUUUCUAUUUAUCUUGUCGUCUGUUGAAACAGGGAUCUUUUGGGACAGAGCUGCUACACAGUCCAAUCGUGAGGUCCUGCCACAUUGGGUGCAACUUGGUGUGUGUAUUUUAGUCACAAGAGUGACCUCUAGUGGUUAAUGUACAAAAUGCAACAGCAACUCCUUUUCCAUCGACCAGCUUGUUUACGCUUUAAUGUUUAAUGUGACGUUACGGUUUAACAUUGACGUGACGUUAUGCUUUAACGUAGAUGUGACGUUGCACUUAAACAUUAAUUGGACGUUUUGCUUUAACAUUAAUGUGACGUUGCGGUUUAACAUUAAAGUGACGUUAUGCUUUAACAUUGACGUGACAUUGCGCUAAAGCAUUAAUUUGACGUUGCGCUUUAAAAUUCAUGUGACAUUUAAUAUAGAUGUGACGUUAUUUUUAACAUUAAUGUGAUGUUACGGUUUUAACAUUGACGUGACAUUAUUUUUUAACAUUGACGUGACGUUAUGCUUUAACGUAGAUGUGACGUUGCGCUUGAACAUUGAUUGGAUGUCAUGCUUUAACAUUAACGUGACUUUAUUUUUAACAUUAACGUGACGUUACGCUCCAACAUUGACGUGACUAUUUUUUAACACUGACGUGACGUUAUGCUUUAAUAUAGAUGUGACGUUGCGCUUAAGCAUUAAUUUGACGUUACGCUUUAAAAUUCAUGUGAUGUUAUGACCUCUAGUGGAUAAUGUACAGAAUGCAACAGCAACUCUUUUUCCAUCGACCAGCUUGUUUACACUUUAACGUUUAAUGUGAUGUUACGGUUUAACAUUAAUGCGACGUUACGGUUUUAACAUUGACGUGACGUUGCGCUUAAGCAUUAAUUCGAUGUUACGCUUUAACAUUCAUGUGGCGUUACAGUGACCUCUAGUGGUUAAUGUACAAAAUGCAACAGCAACUCCUUUUCCAUCGAUCAGCUUGUUUACGCUUUAACGUAGAUGUGACCUCGCGCUUGAACAUUAAUUGGACGUUACGCUUUAACAUUCAUGUGACGUUACAGUGACCUCUAGUGGCUGAUGUACAGAAUGCACCCGCAAGUGAACAGAACACUGAAUCGCUACAUUUUGACUCUUGCUUGUUUACGCUUUGACAUUCAUCACUGAGACCGGUCAGUGUUUAUGCAGUUCAUUCAGUAUUAAAGAAAAACUUUCUGAUUUUUGAAUAGGUUUUCUUCAUUUUUUAAAAAAAUAAAAAAUGGACACUGUUACUAAUAAUGGAUUAGUACUGUAGAAUGUCUGGGUGAGAUGGAUGUGUGUGUGUGUGUGUGUGUGUGAGUGUGUGUGUGUGUGAGGCAAAUGGAGAGCAACUUAUGUUGUUGUUUAUUAAGUUCAUAAUCUUUUUAAUUUGAAUGUUAUUGCCCUUUUGUAACCAAAAAAUGAAGUAUCUAAGAGACUCCUGCGGAAUGGGGUUUGACGAAACCUAUAAAGUCACUGAUCGAAGAAAAUUGCACUGGAAAUAUCUAAUUUUUGAUAACAGCUGUAUUAAAAGUGUAAUGUGAAGGUCUUCAAACAAACUGUAUAAAUUUAUACUUUUAAAAAAUGACAUCCGGAAAUCCUAUACUCGCCUAAAGCUGCUUUGUUCAGUGUCUGUUGAAGAAAGGUUCCUAAAUGAAUUGGUUAUGACUGGAAUUUGUAUCAUAUCACACGGAAAAAUAACUAAUAUUAUAUAAUAAAUAUAUACAUAUAUAUUUUUUAGUUUCCAAUGAAACUUUUAUUUUAUUUUAUUUUUUAACUCUCUGUGGUUGAAUUAAUUUUUUUCCUACUCUUUUUUUUGUCAUUAUUUCUAAUGUAGUGGAUUUGUAGUGCACAUCUGUUGUAUAUAUAUAUAUAUAUUAAGCUACGGUAUUGUAACUCAUAUUUUCUUCCUUUUCUUGCUUUGUCUACAUUUGUUGAAUUAAUUAUUCCUGCUUUCAAGUUUUAGAAAUUUAUUUUUUUACAGUAUUACCAUAUUAGUGUAUGUGCAAUAUAUGAAAUGUGUCUAUUUACAGGAUCUGUCCAUGUAAAUAUUCACUGUUGCGAGAUACAUUAGUUUAGGCUUUCAGGCAUUUCACGUUGGACGGUUUUUGGGUUUUUUAUUUUCUUCCCAAUGCGGAACUGUGCCUGAAGUUAAAUCUCCUCCUUGAAGAUUCUUUGCCAUUUUGCCUUUCAGCUUCACUUUAAGUGUAUAUUUUACCUUUGUAUUAAUCUGUCACUGGAUUUUGUACACUGUAAAUAAAUGUCAUGUCAGUGUCAUUUUUUAAUAAAACUGUAAUUCUCGAGGGUUA